AUGGAAAAAAAAUCUGUACAAUGGCUUUUACUGGUAUUGCAGCAAUAUGAUUUCCAGAAGGAAAAACUGUACUGUCCACUUUUCGCUAAUUCUACGUCAAGUAUCAAAAUUGAAUCAAAAGAUGCUACUGAAUUGAAAGAUGUUGAUAUGUUACUCUGGGAUGAAGGGCCGAUGGCACCUAGGUAUUGUUUGGAAUCCGGUGACAGACUUCUACGUGAUAUAACUAAUAUUGAUUCUCCAUUUGGUGGAAAAAUAAUGUUAAUAGGUAGUGACUUCAGACAACUGCUACCUGUAAAAGUUGAUGGUACACGAAGUGAAAUUGUUAAUUUAUCUAUUAAAAAUAGUAAAUUAUGGAAAUAUUUCACUGUAUUUUCGUUGACAAAAAAUAUGAGAACUUUACCAAAUGAAGUAGAAUUUGCAGAAUAUUAUCUAAAAAUUGGAAACGGAAUUUUGAAUAAUAAUAACAAUAAGUUAUUGCUUCCCGAUAAAUGCCUCGCAUCAAGAGAUGAAGAUAUAGUACAAACAAUAUUCAAAGAUUUAAUUGACGAAAAAAAAUAUUCAGAUUUAUCAAAAGUAGCUGUAUUAUCAGCACGAAAUGCUGAUAUAAAUAAAACUAAUAAAUAUUUAAAUAGUUUAAAUCCUCCGAAAUUUCCAUCAUAUGAAUUAAAAUUAAGAAAUAAUUGUAGCAUCAUGUUACUUCGAAAUAUAAGUAAAAAUGAAGGUGAUCAAGAAGAUAAUAUUGUAUUCUUACAUCGUAUAACAUUAUAUUGUGAAAACAUUUAUCCUUUUACAUUCAAAAGAAGACAAUUUCCGAUAAAAAUACCUUUUGUAAUGAUAAUAAAUAAAAGCCAAGGUCAAACAUUCAAUAGAAUUCGUGUUGAUAUUCGUGAAAAUGUUUUCAAUCGUGGACAAUUAUACGUAGCAUUUUCAAGAGUACGAUCAUGGUAA